GGUGCGCUCUGAUGAACUCUCCUUGUGAUGAAUGUGACGAGAAUUGUACAUCGGUGGCGUCUACGACCUAUCGUGGCAAAGAAAAUUGCCAGAUUAUGUCACUCAGGGAAAAAACAAGAGCUAUUUUUAAUAGGGGUUCCCUUUUCAGGCGGACAGCCUAGGAAGGGUGUUGAAGAAGGACCAGUCCGCUUGAGGAAACAAGGCUUAGUUCGCAAAAUAGAGAAAUUAGGCUACAAAAUAACAGAUUUUGGAGAGAUGACUGUACCACAUAUUGAAAAUCACAACAUUUCAAGAGAGAGGGUGAAAAACUCAGUAGAAUGUGGAACUGUUGCAAAAAAGCUUGCUCAAGAAAUAGCAAAAGCUACAAAAGAAGGGAAGCUUUCUCUCACAAUAGGAGGAGAUCACAGCAUAGCAGUUGGUUCAGUUUUUGGCCAUGCAUCUGUUACAAGAAACCUAGGUUUACUCUGGGUUGAUGCUCACAUGGAUAUUAACAGUCCAGCUACUACCAAAACUGGAAAUAUUCAUGGAAUGCCCCUCUCCAUGUUAAUCGAGGGUAUUCCAGAGUUUCCUUCCCUUCCUGGAUAUGAAUGGUGUUCUCCAUGUUUGUCUCCAAAGGAUAUUGCUUACAUUGGACUAAGAGAUGUUGAACCCCAAGAAAGGGACAUCUGCAAACGUUUGGGGAUUGCUGCAUACACCAUUGAUGAUGUUGACAAAGAUGGAAUUGGAGUCAUAAUUGAAAAAGCUCUGGAAAAAAUCAAUCCCAAUGGCAAUCGUCCAAUUCAUGUAAGUUAUGAUAUUGAUUCCUUGGAUCCAAAAGAGACUCCAAGCACAGGAACACCAGUGAGAGGAGGCCUCACACUGGAUGAAGGAAUUUACAUUGCUCAGAUUGUGGCACAAUCAGGAUGCCUGUCCGGUAUUGAUGUAGUGGAAUUCAACCCUGCCAUUGGAACUGAGGAAGAAGUACUGAAAACUGCUCAAAACACUAUGAAACUUAUUCAAAUCUUACUGGGUCUGGAGAGUCACCUGAAAGAGGCUCCUCUGCCCCCGGUUGAUGACAGUGAAGCUUCAAGUGGAUUAUAAACAAGCAAAGGGCGGGGUCAUAUUUUUGGAGGGGA